AUGGAUGUUGCGGCACCCCAUGGGAGCCCACGCUCGAGUGUGCGCUUUAACCUUGAGAGCGAGCAUGCGCGUGAGCAAUCCAAGGGCCUCGGGGAAAUGGAAAAAAAGACGAGGGCGUUGGAGCGACAGGUGAGGGUGUUGCUAAAAGAGCGCGAGAACCACCUGGAUGCUCUGGAGGAAAUGCAUCGAGCGGUCCAGAGCUCGAAUGCGGAGGCUGAACUGCUACGAAAGGAACUUCAAGUAAAAGCUGCUGAAGUGGAAGAGAUUAGAGAAAAGGCCAAAAAAGAAGCUCUGUGGGUCGUAAAGAGCGAGUGGCGUACCAAACUGGAUGGCUUGGCAAGAAGCAACACUCAACUUCUUCACGAGGUGAGGCUUCGAGACAAGAGCCUUGAGGAGCUCCAGCAGAAGUUGUGCGAACUCAGCAAGGCGGAAGACACGGGUGCCCCGUUGCUUGACAGAGUCACACUGCUGACGGCAGAACUUUUGCGUCGGGAAAAGAUAAUGAGUGAAAAGGAUGCCGUGCUUUACGCCUACGAGGCGCGGUUAGAACGGGCGGAGCGGGGAAGCCUUGGUGCGUUGGAGUCACAGUGUCGGGCGGAGAUUCGGGCCAGUGAACUCUCUAAGGAGCGGGAUGUGUAUCUGCGGGCACUCAAGGAAUUGUUUGCUCGAAAUGAAGAGCUCGGAAAAUGUGUAGAGAAAAAAGUUUCCUCUUCUCAAAGUAUGAGCGAAGGUUCAGUGCACACUCCGGAGCUGUCUCCUGAACUGUGCGAGAAGGACACAGGGACAGAA